AAGGUGGCCAUAUUUUAUGCCACCUGGGUUUUGCUUCAAACAGCUGUAUUUUGCUACGCCGCUAAAAUAUUUAAUAAAAUACGAUAUAAUUAGUGUUUAUUACACCAUGCCUUAUUACCAGACUUGGGAAGAGUUUGCGCGAGCUGCAGAAAAACUUUAUUUGACGGAUCCGAUGAAGGUCAGAGUGGUUCUGAAAUAUCGACACUGUGAUGGAAAUCUCUGUAUGAAAGUCACAGAUGAUGCUGUGUGUCUGCAGUACAAAACCGACCAGGCCCAAGAUGUAAAGAAGAUCGAAAAGCUGCAUGGGAAGUUAAUGAGAUUAAUGGUCUCCAAAGAGUCCCACAGUCUAGCCAUGGAAACGGACUGAAUGAAUCGAAGGAGCUGUUAGGAUCGGACAGUUGUUUGUUACUCAAACUGACUAACAAUUAAGAGUUAUGGAUCUACAGCAGGAUGAAGAUGAAGUUUGGUCGGUGUUUGUUGACUGUAUGUUGAGAAUGUCCGCUAUCGUGCUCAUUUGGAGAGCGAGCUGCAAGAGCAUCCCACAAGAGGCUGGUUUUUGUGUUCCUGUUUGGAGGUCGGACAGCAUUUGGUCUGCCUGUUAUUUAACGUUUGAAGAAAGUAUGUUUUAAAUGCAGCAAAGUCAAGGGAAUACAUUUUAAAGCAGGACCUCUUUGAUUUCCUAUUACAGUUAAAUCUCAGCCCUGACUUUUGUAUGUCUAUGCAUGAUGUACAAUUAACAUGAAUAAAUGUUAUUUUUCUUCAUAUUUCACUUUACUUUUAACGAGUAUUGCUGCGAGCGUUUAACGAAUGCCGUUUAAAAAGCCAUUUUUUCUGUUCCUCUGAGUUUUUCGGUAUUUGACGAUACACUUCUGUCUGAAACGCAAGAUGAAGAUGGAUACUUUUGGAGUGAAUGAGUAUUUUCAGUUGGAUUACACCUGACAAGCUAGUUUUUUAAAGUUGUGAUCUGGUUAUUGAUGCUUUAGUUCUGUAUCUAUUAAAAUGUCUGCGGUUGAUGGAUGCAAUCUGCAUAGGGCUUACCUGCUUAGGAUGACCCAGCUUCUGUCAUGUUUCUGCGGACAAACCCUAACCCCCUUCAAAAAAGAAACAAAAAUCAUUGUCACCAUGUACAUACGCAAUAUGUUAGUUUAAUGUGAGAUAUAAUUGUCUUACCUCAGAAAGCCCGCUUGCUGUAUUUUUUUUUACCGUGUUCAAAGCUCCAAUAAAUGUUCAUAAAGUUGA